CACAUAAAAACUUCUUUCGUCUGGAGAAAACAAAACGCCCGUGUCUGUCGUUUACCGUGAUAAAUUAUCCUUUUUUUCACAUUUCAAACGCCCGAAAAUAUUGUAAUCUUUUAUGUUGAUCCCUUCCGGAGCAAUUCGUACUUAAGUAGUGUGUGUCUAACCGUUCAAAAUCCAACUUUUAAGUGUCGUUAAGAUCACCUGUCUGGCCGCUCCUAAGAUGUCUUCCAGCAGUGCAUGUUGGGAGUGAAAAAUUCUGGAACAAGCGUAUACAUUUGUGUUUCCUUCUUGCUGCACCAAUAAAAUGGCGCCGGGUUCGAGCAAUAAUCAGAACAACAACCGGCAGACGGGCACAAAGCCGAAAUCGAAAUCGUCUAAGAAAAAUGCGGUUCCGCAGGAAAUCGUCGCCCCGACCCGGAGGGACCAGCUCCAGCAGCAGCUCAAUGUACUCGUCGAUUGGGCGAACGUUUCCGGCGCAACGUCGGUGGUCCCGAACAACAAUUCCCAACAACAACAGCAGCAGCCACAUUUCAGUGGCGCACAACAACCAUCGACAAGUGGCCAGCAACAGCAGCAGCAGCAGCAGCAAGGGCAGAACAUUCUUCUGAAACCACGCAACAAUCGGACACCUGGUGAAGGCACCUGUUACGAAAUCGAUAAUCUGUCGCUGCAAGAUAACAGCCGCUACAUCCCGGUACGGCCAAUCGUGCGACGUAACCUGUUGAACGAAGGAGCCGGUGGUGAACAGAGCGAGCCGCACAACACUGCAGUCGGUGUGGUGAUUCCUACCACGCCGAAUUCUGCUCUACAGCAAACUUUCCGCCUCAACGAGGGAGCUUCAGCAAGUGGCAGUGGAGUUGCCGUUGGAUCGACACACAGCAUUAACAAUUUGCUUCACAGUGGACAGGCCGGUGGUUCAUCCGUUACGGGAGUUGUACCGAAGCAGCAGCACAUCCUAAAUCCACUCUUGCUUCUUCAGCAACAACAAAGCCAAGCGGCACAAGCACGAUCGACGUCCUCACCGUUGAGCUAUCGCGUACCGGAUGGUGCCUCGCAGAAUCAGUUGAACUUGAACAAAAACUCUAAUCAUCAGCAACAACAGCAGCAGCAGCAGCAGCAGCAGCAGCAGCAGCAGCAGCAACAACAUCAUCACCUACUCGCUGGUGCUGCCGUGCCAUCGACCUCUUCCGGAUCGCGAUACGGUCCCGCUACACUUCCGUUCAGCUCCGCCACCGGUACGGUUGAGGAUACGCUGAAUCAGAUUCAGGAGUACAUCAAGCUGACCACAAAUCUCAUCUCGUCGGUGCAGAUAGAUAACCUGAACGGUGGUCCGCGACCGCAAUCGGUGCAAAGCAUCAGCACAAACCAAUCGACAACACCCGUCCCACCGUCGGCAUCCUGCGACGAAUUGCGCUACCGCAUGGAGUCUCAGUCCAAAAAUAUGCAAGCACUCAAAGAACAGCAAGCUCAUCUGCUUCGCUUGCAGCAAGCAGCUCGUCAGCAACUGCAGGAGAUGGAAUCGAUCCGGCAGAUGCACACGGCCAGUGUAGCUCCCCCGAUCGAAUCGUUUCAAACGGUGGAACAGGUGCAGGACGGCAUCGGUAGCAUCAUGGAGCGAAUGCGUCUGCUGUCUACCUUCAUCCAAAACCAGCAAGAGCUAAGCACCAUGCUAGGACCCGACAAUGACGCCGACGUCCUAGCGGAUCAGGCGAUGUUGCAGCAAAAGUUUCAGGAACUACGCGACAAGAAAAGCCAAAUGCAUAAUCUCGUUUCGGAGCUGCAGAAUUUGAAUAUGGACGCGAAUCGACAGUUCGAUGGCGAGGCAGCAACGGAACAGCGCAACGUACCCAUCGAGCUAACGCACGCACCAGCAACCGCAUCCGAUGCAAGGAAUGCGACGAAAAUAUUCCUCAACGGUGGUGGCAGCACCAUGGAAGGUACGAGUUGUGGGGUAAACCCGGUAGCCACGGUGGAAGGAAUGUCCGUACCAUCGCACCGCCAGCUGAGCGAUGAACAGCGCAAUGGACAAGCUGCUGCGACCACGGCAGACGAGGAAGACGAUGAAGGGCCGCUGAACGAAGAGGAAGCAUCCGUUCUGAACGGCACAGCCGACAUGUUGAGCGAGAAGAUUAACGAGAUAAACGCUAUGAAGUCACAGUUGCGCCGCCUAAAGGAGAUGAUGGACACGGUUAAGCUGAUCGAGAUGAAAACGGGCCAGGAAUCUAUCGACGAGGAGGACGAGUACGAGGAGGAGGACGCACCGGAGGAGGAAGAGGAAGGCGACGACGAGGAUGAGGAAGGAGCUGCAGCGGCGGCAGCGAUUGCCAUACAGCAACAGCUCCGUUCCAGCAGAAGCCGUUCCCGUUCCCGUUCGAUGAGUUCUGCACCGAUAACGCUGCUUCCCAAUGGUACGACGAUCCCGAACGACGCGGUGGUGGAUGGGUCGUCGGACCUGUCCCAGCAGGAGCGUGACCAUCUGAACAAGCGUGUAGAAGCACUGCAAGCGAUGACGCAGGACCUGCGCGAGCAAGCCAAAUCUAUUGCCGCCGAACGGGACCGGUUGAAGCACGCCCGGAACGAUCUGCACAAGCGUCGGAACAAUGUGAUGGAGCUGCAGCAACAGGCGAGCAGUCAGGCAAGCGAAAAGCUCACCAACCAUGUCGCCUCGUUCGUAUCGAUGGCCGGUCCGAGCGGGCGCGCUCCUGCGGGGCCAAAAGAACGCCAGCAGAUGGAGCUGAAGGCGGAGCUGGAGCAGAAAAAGCGUGAACUGGAACGCAUCGAGAAGAUGACGCAGAGCAUAAAGAAAAACACGGAACUGUCUCGCUCGUCGGUGGUGGAAGGGGUGAGUGCUCAUGAGCCGGCGGUAGCUUCCCUUCCGAAAGCGCCCGGCCCGUCUUCGGUAGUUUCGUCCUCGGUUGAAUCGUGUAGUGGUGGUGGUGCUGGGUCGCAUCAUCGCGGCACCCCUUCGACCCAUGCGAUCAUUCCACCGGCACCGGCCCCGUCGGCAAUUAGCGGUUCGCUGCAGAACAAUACGGCCGGCAGCAAUGCGACGAACGAUUCGAAAACCAACUCUGCCGACUCCGGUGUCACGUCGGAUAUCUUCGCCCAUGCACAGCUCGAAUCGGCCAGCUAUCAGUCGAGCAGUACGCGCAGCUUUCCACCACCGAUGCCCGAUAUAUGCAAUCGUAACGCGGCCGCUGAUCGGUAUCGGUUGAAGCGGAGCGAGAUUGAUGCAGACGGUGCACCGGUUGGUUCGGCCGGAGCUGGCCCAAUCGGGCGUGAUCAUCGUGGUUCUUCGCCGUGGCCCGUGUUUGGCACGAGUGGCGGAGCCGGUGGGUUGUCCAGCUCGAAUACGGGCCCACACAGCCCACAUUACGGAUUGCCGUACGGGCCCGUGAUGCACGAUCUGUCUCAUCAUGCGGCCGCUGCUGGUUACGUCGGUGGCGGCGGAGGCGGCGUAGGAGCGUAUGGAAGCAGCUGGAGCACCGGAGGCGGCCCGUAUGGCGUGGCGGCUAAUUUGUUGCCACCGCACGCGGCCACUCCGAACACACCGCCCGAUCCGAUCGUGUUUCAACACAUCAUGCAAACGCAGCAGAUGCUGAUGAACUCCAUCACGCAGUGCAACCAGCUGCUGUGGAUUCAGCAGCGCGAAAUCAACAAUCUCAACAGUGCUGUCCUGUUGCUCCAGGAACGGAUACUCGGCACUAACAGCAGCUUGCUGCUGCACGAAAACCAUGGCCCAUCGAUGGCGGCCACCACGUUGAUCAGGGCAGAAUCAACACCUCCCAACAAUGGUUCGAUGAGCGCCUCGAAUGCAGCCCCCGCGGCCAGCAGCAUGUACGCGCGGGCUCGCUCCGAACAGCCGAUGAUGUCGCAUCAGCAGCACCAGCAAUCCUCCCCCUACCACCAUCCUCACUCCCAUCUCCAUCUGGCCUCUCAUCCGCAGCAGCAGCAGCAGCAGCCAAUGCAACCUUUCUCCCAACCGCCCUACAGUCCGCUUGCUGCUGGGGUUCCACCAACCCACCCGCUGGUGUCCCCACAGCAACUGCCGCCAGCUUCACAAUGCCUCGCGAAUCAAACCGUGCAGCGUAACAAUACUAACCCCGCCCAGGCAGGGUUACCGCCGAGCGGUGCCAAUGCCGCCGGUCGGUUGCGCUCGAGUGUGCGCCCGCUUAACAUUAACACGCUUAACAAUGCACUUUACGAUGAUCAGUCCGGUGGUGGUGGUGUUACGGCCACCGAAGCCACCUCCGGCAUGGCGAACGAGUACGGCGCCGGUUCGGUCGCACCAAACAUGAUAAACAAUCUGUGCAGCAGCGGAUCGCAACCGGCCACACCGACGCCAUCUUUGCUUGCCCAGCAACAGCAGCAUCAUCAUCAGCAGCAGCAGCAGCAACACCAUCAGUCCUCGCUGCGCUUUGGCCAGAACUACAACAAUCUCAACAACACGGUAAACAACAACCUCUCGAACGCAAACAUGCAGAACAAUCACAAUCUGUACAGCCAGCAGCAAGAUUCCUCCUCCCAGCAGCAGCAGCAGCAGCAGCAAACGCAAGCUCUCAACAACCAGGUGCUGCCGGGAGUGAGGGCCAAUAAUUAUUGGGACAACUUCCGAAGCUACUCAAGACAAAAUCUCCUAUCGAGCAACAGUUGUAAAAGCAACGAGGAGUCAUGCUCGCAAAGUGGCAGUGCCGGAGGUGGCAGUGGUGGUGGUGGUGCUGCUGGUGGUAUUGCAGGUGGCUCAGGAGCAGCAGGAGGAACAGCUUGCGGUGGUGGUGGUGGUGGUGGUGGCGCGGGAGUUGGUGGAAGCGGCGGGAGCACAGGAAGCGGCGGGUCUGGAAAUGCUGGUGGCAGCGGUUGCAAUACGAUUAACAAUCAGCUGCAGCGUAAUAAUAGCAAUGCUUCGAAUCAGUACAUGAACAACCAGAGCAACAAGUACGCGCAAUCGAUCAACAUUACACGCAACAACUCGCUGAGCAAUUCGAAUCAGGCGAACAGUGGUGGGUUGUGUCAGGAGCUGGAAUCGUCCGGAUCGCAACAGCAGCUGUUGGGCUAUCAUCCCAAUCAAGAGCAACCGAUCGACGACUGCAGUGCGCAGGUUGUUGAUCAUCAGCGUCACCAGCAUGCCCAGGCCCAGGUACAGCAGCAAACCCAAUCGCCUGGAGUACACUCGCUGCAUGGCGGAAGACACUCGCAGGAAGCGUAUCAAUCUCAGCCACCGGUUCCGACCACUCGCCAACAACCGCAUCGCUCACAAUCUCAGCUAGUCGGAUCGGGUCAGUCCACUCAAGCACAUCCGUACGCACCGGUCCCGCAACAGGCUUUACACCAGUCCACUCCCCAGCAUCCAGCGUCUGGUGGGAUGGGAACUCAGCAGCAGCAGCAGCAACCGAUUCCAACGCCGCAACUGCAACCACCCUCCCAUCACACGCCCUUAAACCAGUCAAACUCUCUCGAUCUCGGCGAACUGCAGUUCCACACGAACCCCAUCAAUCUGGGUCUCGCGAACAAAACGCACCCGAAAGCUAGUGGCCACAAAAAGUAUCCACUAUCGUUGCGAUCCUGCCGGGAUGCUGGGGCCGGUGGGGAAGGAAGCGGCGGAUGUUACGUGUCCGGUGGGGGAGACAUGAAUCUCGCGUCCACCUGCACGUACCAACACGAUUCCAAGUCGACCUCGAAACUGUUUGAAGCGCUGAAAGAAAACGUUUACCAGGAGGUGAAGAAUCUCAUCACAGCGAACGAAUCUCGGCCUCACUUUCUCAUACAGCUGUUCCGUGAGCUGCAGCUGAUCUCGUCCGAUCCGCUGCGGCAGCGCACGUUGCAAUCGAUACAGGAGCUGUACAAUCGCUACAUCGAAUCGACGCUGCAGGAGGAAAACCAUGUAAACAAUGUGGGAAGCAACAAUUUGCUGGCGUCUAGCGGAUUGGCCAACAUGCCGGAGGGAGUGGGUGCUGUUGGGGAAGGAAUAGUGAACAGUAGUGAGGCACGCAAUACGCCACCACGCGACACAAGGAACGAGGAUGCGGCCGUUGAGCUGGAGGUGGUGCAAAACUAUACCAAUCUUCGUCAGCAGCAGCAGCAGCAGCAACAAUAUCACUACAUUCCUCCUAAUGGAUCGGAUCCGACCGGUGGACAAGGCUCUACAACUGGGGAUGGUUUACCGUCGUCCUUGCCGAACGCUUCCACAUCCGGCAGCACUCCAUCGGGCGCUGGACGUCGACCUCUUUCGGCAGCACGCCCCCUCAACCAAGAGCCACUCGUACCGAUAGCGGUGGCCAAUUCGGAAAUCAUUAACAUCAUAAUGGGCGACAUUGUGUCGGUGAUAAAUUCGGUCGACUACAUUAACGAUUCGGUGCUGUUUAAAAUAGCCGGGGUCAUCUGUAAUCAUGCGGCUGGUGGUGGGGCACCGGUUACGGAUUACGGACAACCGGUCGGUGAUGCCGGACAGCAGCAGCAGCAGCAGCAGCAACACCACCAUCACCAUCACCACCAGCAUCAUUACCAUCAUCACCAUUCGCGUUCGGGACAGUCUCCGGCGGCGUCGUUGCUGGCCGCUGCCUCCUUCCUUUCGGCGCAAGGUGAUGAGCGGCAGGGAGGUGCUGGUGGUGAGCUGCCUGUGAACGGCGGAACUGCCGGAAGCGAUGUGUUUAGUCGGGAGGAUUUCCUGCGCCAUCUGGAAAGCUGGAACCGCACCGAUAAGGAUGAGUUUAUUUCGAAUUUGGAGAACUUUCUAAACAACAUCCUGCUACGCUCGUCUGCGGUCGAGGGGGAGGAAGGAGAGGAGGAGGAGGACGCGAUUACGGGUGGCCCGGUGAUUGUUGGGAGCCAGCAAAACCAAGCCUACGCUGAUGACGUGCAGCCGGUAGAGGCGGGCUAUGAAGGUAGUAACGCGGCCGAAAACGUGGGAAAUGGAAACGGAGUAGCCGCGUUUGUCGCGGGAGAGCAUCGACCGCUCGAAUCGGCAGUAGUCGUCAGUUCCAGCUCGUCCAACGUGGUUUACUCCUCGACGACGUACGAUCUCGCCGAAGCUGAUCAGGUGUGCGAUAUGGAAAAUUCGACCGGAAGCUUGGCUGCUGCUGCUGCUGCCGUCGUUGUUGGUGGAGCAAACCCUACGAUCGACCAUUCGGCGGCCGGUGGUAGUGGUGGUGGUGGUGGUGGGACCAACUUUGACGAUCGCUGGACCGUGGUUGUGCAGAAGAAACCGGCCUCGGAAGAGCAAACGGCAACCCAGCCACGGAUGCAGCAAAUGAACGGUGGUGGACCGAGUGGCACCAAUGGAAACGUGCCAACACCGGGCGGACCGGGCGGAGGAAACAAUGGAAACAAUAUAAACAACAACUGGCAGUCGGAAGAGGUCGCUGACGAGCAUAUGGAGCAGACGGAGGAGCAACAUCAUUCAUCUUACUAUUAAAGCUUCUGGCAAUGGAAGACGACUACGACCCGGAUGCCAAGUGAUGAUUAGGAUAUGGUUAUUCAAAUAAUCGUCGACUCAUAAAGAACAAGCAAACCCAUAAUAUACCCCCAACGCGCAUAAUAUUAUCCCGUAUUACUUCAGAAGUGCAGCCCUCAAGCAACUCAAAUUAUAAUACAUAAGCACAUCGAUUAGGUGCGCAACUAA